AUGCAGAAAGCCCUCGUGAUCACUGCGCCCGGUAGUCGCGACGUAGUGGAACGUCCUAUCCCUACUGUGCCCGACGACUGCCUUCUUGUCAAAACAGCUAGUGUUGCUCUGAACCCCACCGACUGGAAAAGCGCCGACCGGAAACCUCCAGGACAAGUCAUUGGAAAUGAUUACUCCGGUGUCGUCGAAGAGGUCGGCAAAGGCGUCAAGAAAGCCUUUCGCAAGGGCGACUGUGUUUGCGGUUGGGUCCAAGGAUGCAAUUCCAACAACCCGGAGAGUGGCGCCUUUGCCGAAUACUGUAUCCCGAAAGCCGAUCUUCAGAUCGCCAUACCCGACCGUCUCAGCUUUGAAGAAGCUUCAACCCUCGGCUUGGGGACAAUCACGGUGGGCCAGGGCCUGUAUCAGAGUCUGAAGCUCGCACCACCAGACGCCCCACUAGCACAUCCUGAGCUGAUUCUCAUCUACGGUGGCUCCACAGCCACCGGUACCCUGGCCAUUCAGUAUGCCAAGUUGUCGGGAUACACUGUAUUGACGACAUGUUCCGCGCAGAACUUUGAUCUUGUAAAGAGUCUGGGUGCAGAUGCAGUGUUCGACUAUAAAGAUGCGAAUGCAGUCCAGGCCAUCAAGGAUUACGCACAGGACAAUCUGAAGCUGGUAUUCGACACUGUUGCUGUUGAGUCUAGCGCUAAGUUCUGUGGCGAAGUGAUCUCUAGCAAGGGCGGAGAUUAUUCUGCCUUGCUGAAGGUGAACGUUCCCCGUGAUGACGUCCGCAGUCUUUUCACCAUAGGAUACACUGCUUUUGGCGAGGAUUUUGAUUUUGGUGGUGGCAUCAUUCCGGCCAAGCCGGAGGAUCGAGAGUUUGCGGGACAAUUUAUGAGCAAGGCAGCCACUUUCCUUGCAGAGGGGAAGGUCAAGCCUCAUCCUGUCAAGCUGGGGCCACGGGGGCUUCAGGGAGUAUUGGAGGGUCUGCAGGAUAUGAAGGAUGGCAAGGUCAGUGGAAAGAAGCUGGUGUACAACGUGGCCGACACACCAUGA